CGAGGAUUUCGCCGAUCGGCGAGGAUUGUGACCGAUCAGCGACAUUCUCUUCAUAGAUCUUGAUAGAAUGGCAGCCAGUGGCGGCCACCCAGACCAGGAGCAGCAGGAGCUCUCACAUAACGAGCUCGUCAGCGCAGCGCAAAGUGCGAUAGCCGAGUGCCGUCAGGCGGCUGAGAGGGAGGCGAGGGGUUCGUGGCAGCGAUGCCCUGUGGAGCUGCGGCAGAAGGGGAGGCAGGGGCACCAACAGAUAGCCUUCAUCUGUCCGGUGAGUGCACAGGAACGAGAUGGAUGGACUCGCGCGUGUGCGUGUGUGUGUGUGUGCUACAGGGGUGGCUAGCAGAGUACCUAAUUCACGGGAGGACGCUGGCAGCGGUCCACAAGGCUCUCGACAAUGCACUCGCUCUUCGCAGAUGCGCCCUGCAGCAGCAGGCGCAGCAGCACCACCAGCAGCACCGGCAGCAGCUGCACCAACAGCAGCUGCAGAUGGCCCACGUGUCGGUCGGAGUAGCAGCCAGCAGACAGCCGGCGGCUAACGGCGGCACAAGGGACUCUCAGGUGCGUCAAGGAACACAUGACUGACACGGAGAAUGGACUCGUGCCGGACACCUAUGUGCCGUUGCCUCUAGGUGUCUGGGUGUCCGAGCAACCCACCAGACCAGAAGGGCACCACCGCUGGCAACCACCCCCACCACCCCCACCAUGGCCACAACCAGCCCUCCCCCUCCCCCUCCCCCCAGCCGCCUAUCCACCCGAUCGUGAGCCUCUUGCGUGAGAGGGUCAGCGGUCCGCUGUGCAUCGAGCCGUGUCACCAUGGGGACCGCCUGGUGGCCUGGCGUGUCGCGCUGCCCAGAAAGAAGGGAAGCCGCGUGGAGGUGGAGGACUUCAGCUGUGGUGGGCAGAGCCACGGGGUGCGGGGGGCGCUGGUGGAAGCCAUCCACUAUAGAAAUGCUAGGUAGGUGAACCGACCGGCAGGCAAGAAACAGAGAGAGGCAUGUGUGGGUGGAUGGCUGGAUGAGUUGUGUGUGUGUGUGUGAUGUGUGUCGCUCCAUCCAUCCAGGUUGAAGGGGUUGAAGGACGAGUCCAGACAAGAUGUCUGGACAUCCUGUCUGGUCGAGUGUGAAGGGCUGCUCGAUGUCGUAGAGGAAUACGACUGGCCGCCCGAGGAGCAGGUGGACGUCGAGGACACACCAGCCCAGCAACAGCAGCAGCAGCAGCAGCAGGAGGAGGAGGAGGGGAAUGGUGGUCGUCGUCGGUCCAAGCGGAGUCUGUCCAGCCCGACAGACUCCUCCCCCCUCCCUCGCCGCAAUGCCCCCCGCCAUGCAGCCGACGACACUCAUGACAGCUUGAAGACACGCAAGGCCGUCGACUCCGGCAGCUCGAUGGAGGCGUCGCCGGCCGCUGCGUCCGCUGCGUCUGCCUCCGCUGCUGCUGCCGCUCCAUGGCCCAAGCGACCCGAUGUCGGUACGUGAGGAGGGCGUGUGGUUCAGGUGUCAAUCAAAAUGCGUUGGGCCCAAUCUCUGUCUGUCUGUCUGUCUGUGUGUGUUUCUGUGUGUGUGUGUGUCUCUGUCUGUAGAGACCGUUUCUGACUGUGUUGAGAAGUUCCGCGCCUUCUGCGAGUGCCCCCGGGGGGACGGAAGCAUCGCCGCUCGAUUCCGCGAGCUUCCCGACAAGACGUCAUUCGAGAUCAGCAGCCACCACAGAUAUCCCGAGUGUGUUACACUCACCAUGGGGCCCUACCCCGACGGUCACGGUGGCGAGUACUACCUCUCCGCAGAGGCAUCGCGCGGCCCCAUCAAAACCUGCUGGGAAUUUUCGCAGGUUUACCACAAGAUGAAGCGGAUGGUCAAUCAAGCACAAGGGACCAGAAAGGCUUUACGCGAGCUCUCACAUGGCGAUAGUCGAAGAGAAGCGCAGGCGCAUCCUCCGCGUCAAAGGGUGGCGCAGCCGCAAGGAGAAGGGGGAAAGAUGGAGUCGCGCGGCUGCGGUUGAAGAUCCCGGCGCCACGAUGCAGUCCAGCAUCAUGGCGGCCCCUCUCCCCUCUGCACAUGCGCACCCUCGCUCCCAGGCCAUCAGACCCCCAGACGCACCCAAGUGGCAGCUGACCCACCACCAGCCCCUCGACUACGACCAGCUGCUGAGCUGCACGCGCACGUGCACUACGACCAGCUGCUGAGCUGCACGCGCGCCACGGACAUGCUCAAGCACGACCUAGAGGGCGUCAAGCUGCAGAAGAAGUCGGCAUCCGGCAGCCUGGCCAUCAUCGUCAAGGGAGUGGGGGCGUACGGGGAUCGGCCAUUCGAGGUCAGGGGCAGCACAUAUGCCCACGUGCUGCAGGCCGUGAUGGACGCCGCCAGAUACAGGGACGACCUGAGGACGCAGGCGGCGGCAGCUGCACAGGGCGCCGCCCAACCUCAGCCACGCAGUCGGCCCCGCAAGAUGUCACUGAUGGGCCAGCCAAUGCACCCAGCACCGGCCCCCCUACACCCGCCCCCACCGCCCGCAGCCGACGCACCUGAGGCCGAUCGAGAGCGAGGCGUCCUCGAUAUCACUGCGGAUUUCGUGUCAGCGACAGGCAAGAUAGAACUCGAGGAUGACGAGUCAGAAGGCACUGACGACGGCAGCAAAAGCGGCAACGGGCGGCAGAUGGGCGUGGGCGGCGUCAAGCAAGAGCCAGCAUCUCCCGCACAGAGGCAGCAAGGGGGCGGUGGGAGCGCCGAUGGCGACCAGCACAUGGAGGAUGCUGCUGGUCGUGGUGCUGCUGCUGGUAGUGGUGGUGGUAGUGUUGGUAUCGGUCCUCUCGUGAUCGAACCGUCCAGCAGCCGAGGCAAGAGACACGACAAUCUCCAAGGUGUCCACCUCCACCCCCACCAGCAGCAGCGUCGCAGUGGCGGCAAUGGCAAUCCGAGCGGCCAGGCGGCAGUGAAUGGGGAGGGGGAGGGGGGAGGUCAGGGUGUAGGUGUGGGUGGCCGGGUAGCUGUGGGUGGCGUCACGAGGGCUCAGUUUGUAGCCAUGUUGCGGCAGAGGGCCCCGCAGCCGGAGCUGCACGAGCUCGCCGCCAAAUUUGAGCAGGUGACCGACACACACACACACACCUUAACGCGUUCCAUCUCCUCUAUUUUGCUGUUUUGCUGUAGAAUGGGGAGGCCUUCGACACUCUCGACGACGGGCUGCUCGACCUCAUCAAAGACCCGCCCGACGCACAGAGCGCUGCCGUCACCAAGGCGUUCCGGCGCAGCUUCAGAGUCACCGACGGCUGCUUCCUGGAGUUGCAGCUGUUCAUCAAGAAACUCACAGACGAGGCUGACACACACGGUGGCGUCUCUCUUGCUGAUGCUGCUGCUGCUGCUGCUGAUGGGGGAGGGCAUGAGCAGCUGGCCGUCGAGCGCCUGACGGUCGACGAGCUGGCUGCCCGGCUGCAGCAGGGCUCACCUGCAGCGGCCGCCCUCUCCGAGAAGAUCAAACAGGUACCACAGCCACCCAUCCCCCACGCAGAGCACAUGUCUCUCUGUGUGCCGUGUGUGUCGUGUGUGCAGGCGAGCAUCUCAGGUUCGGUGCUGCGUCGCAUCCUGGAGGAGCCUGAUUUGCCCGAGGGGUCGGCGGAGAGGCGGUGGGUGCUGGCCGUCAAGGAGCGGAGCUGCCUGAGGCUCAAGCUCUCCCUCAAAGGGGAGGUCCUCAGGCUCCUCAACGUGUAGUAGACUGAUUGC